CUUCAUUCAUCACACUAAACACUGUCGGGCAGACAUGCAGAAAGCUGACUGAUGAACUACUGGAAAAUAUAACAAGACAAAAAUAACAGGACUGAACAAAACAUUCUCUAAUUUGGUCAGACGUUUAACUGCAGGCAGUGAACCGCCUCAACUACUGCUGCAGACGUCAGGAUCAAGAACUAUGGAGGAUUCCAGCCUGGUCCGAUGUGACAGCCUGGAUGCUGGAUCAGGGUGUGACAGGGAGGUGAUGACACCAAUCGACCAUAUGACCCUUGACCCUGAGAGCUCUGACCUCACAGUAAAUCUCGAGCCUUCACCAGAAGAACUGGCUCAGUGUGAGGCUGAGGUGGGCACGCUGCUCAGCAUCAUUGCUGAACUGAACAAGAAGAUGGGGUCAUUGAAGGCACCAAGUGAAUCAGGGAACCUGAGACCACCAGGACCAUCCAGACCUCUGGUUCCAGACCUUCUGUCCCACAGGCUGGCCAGAAGCAGCCCUGAGAGGAGCACUGCCUCCGCUGCCACAUCUGAACCUGCACUGACUGGCCGAGGGGGUGGUGGCGUAGUCUGGACUAAACUCCAGGAGGUUUUAUCAUCAGUGGAGGACUCCAUCAGCUCUAAAAGGUCCUGGGCUGCCCCCAUCACAGCCUCUGACCAGGACAAGCACCAAGAGCAUCUGAGAGCGGCCCAGGAGAGCUGGGUUAAAGCCACUCAGAUAUUGGAGGACAUGGAAAGAGAGUUUGGGAUUUCAUGCCCAUCAGGCCUGCCAAAGGACCAGUAUCAGGAGGACAUCCUGGAUGUCGAGAAGCGUGACCCUGCUCUCAGAAGCACAUUGCAGAGUCACCAAGAGGAGCCGGAGCGAGAACAGAGCACCAUGAGCCCGACGGAAGAGGAGAAGAACAAGCUGGUUGCUCUCCAUAAGGCCUGGAAGUCAGGCAGUUGCUCUCCUUCCUACUGGCCCCCUUCUGGGGCUCUCAGUCCAGACUGGGCCUCGCCUCCCUUGCCUGGUUCACCAUUACUCCACAGAAGAACAUCCAGAACUGUAACACCUCUCUCUGUGGGUGGGGAUGGUUCUCCGCUGGGCUCAGUUAACUCAUGCAGUCCUUGUCCUAGCCCCAUCAGCCUGGAGUCUGAGACAGAACGACUGAACAGGUGCAUUGAGAGGCUGAAGGCCAGAAAUGAACGGCUGACUGCAGCUCUGGAGCGAAGAAAGGGAGAGUCCGAACAGAUCAGUAUUACAUUAAACAGACUAGAGUCUGACUGCUCUGCCCUGCAGAUAGCUCUCAGAUACUGUGAGGAGUGCGAAGAGGCCUACAGCGAGCUGCUGUCACUUUAUGACGCCAGGAAGCAGCAAAGCAUUCCUCUGCAGACAGACUUAGCAGAGGCAGUCGUUGACAGGCAGCAGCCCGACAGUCCAUCAGCUCAGCUCAGAAAAAUGGGAACUGAGGAGCUGUCCACCUCCUUCUCAACAGCAGGCGCCACAGAGCCAACGGAAACACAGAGUCACACAAGGCAAAGGACCCCUGAGCUGGUGGAGCGAGAGGCCGUUCUUCGUCAGCAAAUUGAGCGCCUGAAGAAGGACCGGGCAGCCAUUUGUCUGCCUAAACCGAGUCCAGGAGUUGAGGGCAAAAUGAGCCCAGAGACUGGUCACCCGGCUGGAUCAAGAGGAGGACAUGUGACUAAAGAUAAUGCCAAACCUCCUGAUGCCAAGAAAGAGAAAGCUUCCCUCUUCUAUGAACUCAUCUCUGUCAGGGAGGAGAUGUCAGAUCUGCGAGCUCUAAUCCGCCUCAAGGAGAAAGAGCUGAGAUGUCUGGAGUGGAGUUUAAUGGCCCAGAAGGCCCAGGAAGCAGCUGGAGUUUUCGUUCCAGAAGGCCUCAGAGAGGAGCUGGAGGAUCGUAAGACCGAACAACAGAGGCUCUAUGAAAAUGCAGCUAAACUGGGUAUUGAUGGAGACAUCGCCGGCCCUCGAACCAGACCCAUUUUGAAAGAGCUGCAGGUCGUCCUGCAGAGGGAACAAGCCCUGAAGAAGAGACUGGCUUUAGUGCACGACUCACUAAACACAGCUCUGUCAGACAGCAACUCCCAGAGGAGGGACAAUGGAGAGCAGAUUGCUCGGCUCACACAAGCUCACAGUAAAGCCUUGAGUUCGUACCGGCAGAUUCGCAGGAAGUACCGCGAGCAGGUUUGGAGGCUGGAGCAGAAGGUGGCGGCGAUGAUGGAGAGUCACAACCACCAGAGUGGAGCACCAAAAGCUGCGGGAGAGGCCUUGGAGUGGAGGAGGGAAGAGACCGUUCUGUGAUCCUUUAUAUUCUCAGCCUUUGUCAAAUGUAUGAGCUACAGUGUACAGCCCUGCUGAACUCAAGUCGCUCAUAUGUAUUUGUUAUAGUUUGUGAAGUUAUUGCACCGUACAGAUAAAAGACUGUAUGAUUACAUACAUGUGGUCCACUUUGGCUGAGAUUGAAAUAUCAUCAUCAGCCAUUGAAUGGAUUGCCAUGAAAUUAAGUACAGAUAUCCAUAGCCUAUUAAGUACACCAGAUUUUUCCAUUUGUUAGUUCUUUGGUUUAUAUAAUGACAUUCCCAUAAGCCUCAACUGUAGCCUACUCUGUGUAGCAAAUGUUAGCAUGUUUAAAUAGUAAAUUAAGAUAGUGAACAUUGUAGACCUGCUUAUCAACAGCAUUUAGCAUGCCAACAUCUAGCUCAAAGCACCGCUGUGCCAAAGUAAGCCUACAGCCACACAGCACCACUAGCAUGGCUGUAGACUCUUUGUCUUGAGAAUACAAUAUGUUAUGAAGUGUGUUAUUUUUCUGUCCUUGAAGAGAGAUACGUUCUUAUUCAUCCAUCUGUUUUUCAGCUCUUUAUCUGUCAACCCAUCACUGACAUCUACAGCCGUCCGCUCAGGCAUUCAUUGGCCCUUUAGAGGUAAAUAUAGAGUAUGUAGAGUAGUAGAACAUGGAAAGCACCCUCAGUUCUGUCUUUUCAACCCUGUGUGAGAGUUAUCAAUAAACAGGAUUCCAAGGCUUAACUUGUCUAACAGGAGUCACACAUCACAAGAUGCAUGCCUUAUUUCAGAGAAACAGCUGUCAUGCAGUCAUGAAUGUGUAAGACUGAUUCAAGGACUGACCCCACUGAGGACCUCGGGACUGACCUCGAGAGCGCACAUGUCCUUUUCCCCGUAAAAACUGACUAUGAAAACGCUCCCGGCUGGCGGUGUUGUCUGGACAAAGCUCCGAGGAGGGGGAUGGGAACCAAGACAAUGGCACACAUGAUGUGCACACGAAGUGUACGACCAGCCCAUUUGUCUUCUUAGCACUUUCAUAGUGCUCUUCAUCAUUCUCUCUCUGCCUUUCACUAUUUACACUUCUUUUAAACCAACAUGCUCAAAAUGUGAUUUUAUUUCAGGUCUAUAAUCUACACGACAAAGCUGGUUUAGUAUUGUUUAUAUAUUUGUAUUUAUUCAUACAUUUAUAACUUGUUUUUAAAGAUUUACAACUUCAGUAGCAAUGAAUGGGGCUGAGAGCCACAACAAACAUACUCAUGUGACAUUAUGGGUUUUGCCAUACUGUGUUGUGAUGUACUGAGCAAAAAACGUUUUUGACAGAAAUUAGGAAAAAGUGGACCAUUUACAUGAAACAAUAAAAAAAUGCUAUUAACUGUUUAAAUAAUUGGAUUGAAGCAUUCAAAGAAAGUAUUAAGGCAUAAACACAUUUUUGGUUUUGGUCAUUUCAUUGGAUUUGUUGCCAAAAUAAAAUGCCAGCCUUAUCCUUUGUAUGCUGCAAGCACAACAUAGUGUAGAGUGUAUUGGUUUGGCGACAGAUGUAUAAAGGCAAAAAAAAUAAAAUACAAUGGAAAGUUAUUGAGAAAAUUUGUGAGGGGGGAGGGUUGUAAUUCGGGUGUACCAAUCCUUUAAAAACCCUGCUUACUCUUACCUCUCUUCAUACCCAUCCAUUGCUCUUUACCUCUCACUCAUACCCCCAUUUCCCUGCCUCCAUCCUCCAUUUCCUCUCCCUCCAUCUUCUCUCCUCACUCAUCUCUCAAUCAUCCCUAUCACUUCUCCCUCCUCCAGCCGACCCCGUGCCCUGACCUACCCGAGCCGGUCAGCUGCAGCUGUGACCAGCGGUCAGGAGGUUAAGGCAAAGGUUGAGUGUCACACCCACAGGGUCACAGCGAUGCCUUGCUGUUGUGUUAGCCUGUGAAUGGAUAGUUCAGAGUGCCAGACGAGGUGGCGAGCCCCUGACGCCCUGACUCUUGCCUGAGCUUGCCCUUUCCCGGCAGAGGUCACCUCAGAGGGCCUUUCCUCGCUGCUCCCCCCCUACCUCCAGGUCACCAUCACUAUUGUUGUAAUAGCUGCCAUUAGAGCAGAUGAUACAAUUAUCGUUCCAUUUUGUGUUCGCUCGCUCUAAGAUCUAUGUUAAGCUUCUGACUUUAUCAAAGGUUUUUAAGACAACAUGAUUGUUGUAACCUCUGGGUGACUCUUUUAUGAAAGAGGCCAUAUUAUGCCAGAAUGUCCCAUGGAAAGAAAAUGUAUUUUUAUCACAUACGGCUCAAUAUAUGUGCAGCUAUAUAGUAAUGGAAGAUUCAAAUCCUUUAGUUAAAUAAAUCUACAUAUACAAUAAUGUUAUGUAGAAAUACUCCAUUAAAAGUCCUGAAUUCAAAAUCUUAUUUAAGUAAAAGUACAGAAGAGUUAACUUCCCUUUAAAGAUAUAAGAUUUUUGUGGUUUUUGGCCACAUUAUUAUUUUUAUUUUAUUUUUGUCUUUGAAAAACAGAAGAAACAAAACAAACCAAAAAAAUAAAAAAGUAAUAAAAUUACCAUCAGGGGAUGCCAAACUCAGACCGAUUUACCUGCAAACUAUAAAAUAUAAAAUUAAACUACUGACCACAGCAUUAUCCUCACUAUUAUCAAACUAUAAUAAAAUUUUAAUUUAUAUACUGUUUGGUAUUUUUUUUAAAUGUUAUAUCUUAAUUUGUAAAGUAGUAAAUGUGGUUGUAAGUGUAAAAAGAACAAUGUUUUCUGCUGAAAGGUAGUGGAGUAUAAGUAUAAAGUUAAAUGGAAAUACAGAAAGUACCUAAAAAUAGUGUGUUGUAUUUGAGUAUAUAACAUUCCCCCCACUUGAACUCAUUGAACUGCUGGAGGUUUCCAGCGUUUAUUGUUACUUAAACACACUUCUGAAUGUCUUUGUUGAAUUAAUAAAACCUUGUUUUAACCUUG